AUGCUCAGCAACGACCAUGCAGUGGAGUCAAACUACGACGCUUUCCUUGCGUCUGGUGACGUCAAGGGGAAGCUCUUCGUUGACAGCAGUACCAUACACCCAGACACGACGGAUAGACUGGGUAAAAAGGUGACAGAGGCGGGUGCCGAGUUCGUCGCCUGUCCCGUCUUUGGAGCGCCACCUGCUGCAGAGGCGGGCGCGCUGAUCUGCGUUCCCGCUGGUCCCAAAGCAGCCGUUGACAAGCUGCGGCCAUACCUGACCGGCGUCAUGGGCAAGGCCGAGAUUGCAAUGGCAGACCGACCUUACGGAGCGGCGACUACGCUGAAGCUGAUUGGCAAUACCUUUGUCUUGAACAUCGUCACUCAGCUAGCCGAGGCAUUCACGGUCGCAGACAAGUCCGGCGUUGGCGUGGAGCCGCUCAAGCAAUUUGUGGACAACCUUCUCGGCGGCAUCGCCUCCGCUUAUGGGGACCGCAUGCUCCAGGGGACCUACUGGAAGAUGGAAGAGCCUCUUUGGAGCGCCGACAAUGCCUUAAAGGAUGCCACACACGCGCAGAGUAUUGCAAAGUCGGUUGGAAGUGAGUUCAAGAAUGCGGCCACGGCCCAGGGAUACUUGGACGAUGUCAAGAGCCAUGCCGGAGGUGCCAAGGGUGAUAUUGCUGGAAUCUAUGGUGCAGUACGCGCCAGAGCUGGUCUGAAAUUUGAGAAUGACGUUUAA